CAGCUUAUCCUCUCUCUGUCUCUCUGUCUCUCUCUCUCUCGCCUUCCAUACACCAGAGCUUGAGCUCGCUUUCCGUUAUAACAAAGGCCUUCUUAAUAUUUGCGAGAAAAGCUUAACGCUAAAAUGGCCAUUGAGAUUAUUGAGCAACCCACUGUUGAGCUAUCAAAAGUUGCAGUUUCUAAAACUCAUGGAGAGGAUUCUCCAUACUUUGCUGGCUGGAAAGCAUACGAUGAAAAUCCUUAUGAUGAAAUUGAAAACCCCACAGGAGUCAUACAGAUGGGACUUGCUGAAAAUCAAGUUUCAUUUGAUUUGCUAGAAGAUUACUUGGAGAAGCAUUCCGAAGCAUCUACCUGGGAAAAAGGAGCACCUGGCUUCAGAGAGAACGCUUUGUUUCAAGAUUACCAUGGACUGAAAUCUUUCAGACAGGCAAUGGCGAGUUUCAUGGGACAAAUUAGAGGGGGAAGAGCAAAAUUUGACCCCGAUAGAGUCGUCCUAACUGCUGGCGCAACUGCAGCUAACGAGUUGUUGACCUUCAUUCUAGCUGAUCCCGGUGACGCUUUGCUAGUUCCAACUCCAUAUUAUCCUGGAUUUGACAGAGAUUUAAGGUGGAGGACUGGUGUAAACAUAUUACCAAUUCAUUGCGACAGCUCAAACAAUUUCCAGGUCACUCCUCAGGCCUUGGAAGCUGCUUAUAAAAAUGCAGAAGCCAUGAAAAUCAAAGUGAGAGGUGUACUCAUAACCAAUCCUUCGAACCCAUUAGGUGCUACAAUUCAACGCAAAGUCCUGGAAGAGAUUCUUGAUUUUGCCACGCGAAAAAACAUCCAUCUAGUGUCUGAUGAAAUCUAUUCAGGAUCCGCCUUCUCAUCAUCUGAAUUCGUGAGCAUUGCAGAAAUUCUUGAAGCUCGUGGAUACAAAGAUUCAGAAAGAGUUCACAUUGUUUACAGUCUCUCAAAAGACCUUGGUCUCCCAGGUUUUCGAGUUGGAACCAUAUAUUCCUACAACGACAAGGUUGUUACAACAGCAAGAAGGAUGUCUAGCUUCACCUUAAUUUCCUCGCAAACACAACAUCUGUUGGCUUCCAUGUUGUCCGACAAGAAAUUCACCAAGAACUACAUCAAAAUAAACAGAGAGAGACUGAGGAGAAGGUACGAAAUGAUCAUUGAAGGGCUGAGAAAUUCUGGGAUUGAGUGUUUGAAAGGCAAUGCUGGGUUAUUUUGCUGGAUGAAUUUAAGUCCAUUGUUGAAGACACCCACGAGAGAAGGUGAACUGAGUCUCUGGAAAUCAAUCAUUCGUGAUCUGAAGCUGAAUAUAUCACCUGGAUCUUCUUGCCAUUGCUCUGAACCAGGCUGGUUUAGGGUGUGUUUCGCCAACAUGAGCGAGCAGACGCUAGAAGUUGCACUGAAGAGGAUACAUAACUUCAUGGAUCAGAGGAAAAAAGAAACAAACUAAAUCUCUGUUUUUACAAUAAGGUGCAAUCUUUUUUUUUAAUGGCUUUUUUGCCAUUUUGAUUCUUUAAUUAGAUGACAAAAACCCAAACUUCAUGGCUU